AGUUGGACAAGUGAGUUGUAUAUAUUGAAUCAAUUUGUAUUCAUUUACUUUUAUUUAUUUGAUAAAACUGCUUGUAUUCCCCAUGAUGUCAUUUAUUGUAUUUGCGAAUAAGUGAUUGUUUAAUUUGUCUUUUUAAUGGCUUGCGGAUUAAUGGAUGAAAAGAACGCGUUUAGCAUUUGGAUUUAGUAUUUUGUUUGAAUUGAACAGUUACACUUAAGCCAUCAAGAAGAACCUCUUCCCCCUCCCUAAGUGCCCUUCAAUGGAUCAUUCUGAGUGUGCUCUCUCUGCUUGCCACGGUCAAAUGGAUGCUCCCUCUAAAAUAGCAGGAGAAGGGAGAAAAAAAUCAGAAUCUGGUCAAGGAAAAGUGGAAGCGGCUUCCUCCUCCCCGGAGAGUGGAAGCGCCAAUGGCGAAGGGAAACGCCCUGCAAAAACCCGGCGCCGCCGGAAGCGUUCGUCUAACCCAGAGCUCCAGCUUGAGGGAAAGGCCGGAGGAGCAGCUAAAGGCAGAGGGGAACCGGAGCAGGGGACCUGCCGGGCAGCUGACACUGCCUUGUUUGGCUUGCAGUCAGAAACUGCUUCUGUGUGGCUAGAGAGUAGCGUCUAUGAGCAGGCCGAAGGCCGUUAUCAAUGCUGGCUUGCACUCUCAGUCAGUCGUGGCACUGAGCCCUACGGAUCCAACACCCCCACUUCCCAGCCUGCCGGGUCCCCACUCCCCCUGCCAAAGGCCAGGCGUUGCCCCAGGAAAAAGCCCAAGCAACUUCCCGUCCCAGAUUCGCUGAGUCUGGCCUGCCCGGCCGCCCGCCCCGCCACGCCCCCCACACCAGACGAAGGAUAUCAGUCGCAACAGCCGACCCCCGCCACCCCGAGCCCAAGAGCGCCCGCGGCCCCAAUCAAUGGUCUGCCCCGCCUGGCGGUGGAGCUGCUCCAAGAGGUGUGGCUGGAGAAACCCCUGUACGACCACGCCGAGGCGGCCUUCUAUCAGCAUCUCUACAGCAACACCAACAGCAGUAGCUCCCCCAAAUGGAACAACUCGUACGGUGCCUCGCGCAGCACCGACCACCCGCAGAGCCUCGUCGAAGAGGAGGAAGAGGACGACGCGCUGCCGGCGGAGGGAGAGGGCCAGUUGACCGCGCAGGGCAAGGCCGAGGUCUUUCACGCCCUGCAUCCCAUCCAGGAGGAGGAUGAGCCGGGAGAGGUCGGCGAGGAGCAAGAGGUGUCUGCGGCAGGGAUCCGCUACUUGAUGCACCCAGACAGCGAGAGGGUGUGGCUAGACAAGUGGCGCUACGACGCGGCGGAGAGUCGCCACCACUGUCAGUGUGUGGGCACGACUGCGCUGGUGACAGGGGCUCGGAGGCCUGGCAGGAAGGCCUCCCCGGUGACCUCAAGAACCCCCCCGAGGGACAAGUAUGACCCCCGAGCCCUGGAGCGUCGUGCCAGCCCAUGCAUUUGAUUUCCCCUUUAGUGAUUUCAGUAUUGUCCUUUUUAUUAUUAUUUAUUUUUAUUAUUAUUUAUUAAAUCUUUUUCCUGUUUUUAUUUUUUCGUAGCUUUAUUUUAGCUUUGACUGAUUACAUUUUGUGGGUUUGUUUGAUUUUGGUUCCCAUUUGUGUUGUGGUUUUGAGUAUAAAAUACGCAUGUUGUUUAAGAAUUUGAGUUAAGCUGUCCGUACAAUAAUUUCAUUGGUAUUGCAUUUAUAUCAGAGAUUUUGAGAAAAAAAAAUCUCAUGGUAUUUUUAUAGAUGAGCAAUUUUGGCACCACAUGACAUUUUAUCGUUUUUCUAUUGAAGAAUUGUGAGACUCAAUUAUUUGUGUUUUGAGUUAACAAUAUUUUGCGAUCCUUUCCU